UUAAAAUAUAAAGUCAAGAGAUGAGUCCUAUGGCAAAGGAUUAUGCUUCUUUCUCCUCAAAGAAUCACAUAGAAUCUCUUAGGCAGUGGCAGCGAUGUUACCAUAGUGAUUCGAGUUGUCCUAUCUGCCUCCAGCCUGCUACUUUCCCAGUAGGAACCAACUGUGGGCAUUUAUUUUGUGGUUCCUGUCUGAUUGCCUACUGGAAACAUGGGUCUUGGUUAGAUGCGAUUAGCUGCCCACUCUGCAGACAGAAGGUUAUUCUUCUGUACAAUCUGUCUUGUGAAAGCCAGCCUGACAAGCCAAGCAAAGGAGUUGUGUAUGACAUCAGAGAUUACAACAAGCGCUUUUCAGGACAGCCUCGACUUUUUACAGAUUACCUUUAUGACAUGCCACUGAUUCUCAACCUUGCUGUACGAGGAAUCUUUACACUGGGUGGCCUCGUGUGGAUCUUCUUCCUCAGAGUUGUCAUCUGCUCUUUUGGAACCCUCAUGUCCAUCGUGUCUCCCUUUGAUGUGAUGCCGGAACCUCUUUGCGGAAUCCUGGCUGCAGUUGAUGACCUAGUUGUUGUAUUCCUCCUUUUAAUUUGUAUGAUAAACAUCUGCUCCCAAAUAGAGUCUGAAGGAACAAGUACUGCAAACUCUGGAACACAAAACAUUCUGUGGGACUCACAGUGAAGCCCUAGUUCUUCUUAAGGAGAAAAAACUACCAGAACACAGUGAACUCUCCUAGUGUCCCAAAGCAAUGGACUGUGGGUUUCCUGCUUGGACAGGAAGACCUUCCUGUUUUGGGAAGGGGAUGGAUCCUUGGAGUUCUUUCCAAUUCCUCAGUUCUGUGGGUUCUAUGAUUAGAGUAACACUAAAGCUUUAAGGAAUGUGCUGUACUUUAGUUUCCAGAAAAGCAACUCAGAACAUGCCAUGUGGAAGCUCUACAGUUAAUCAUGGAUCCAUGACGUCUAUGUGUUUUCAAAGAUGCUCUGCUGUUCUAAAGAGAAAAUUUCACAUCUGUGAUAGUUGGCUGGACUUCUGGAAAGCACAACAGCAAAAAGUUUCCCCGAAAGUGUCACAGCUCAAAAGCACAAAUAUGACCACACACACAUAUACAAAAAGGUACAUUUAUACUAAUUACUGCAAUGUCUAGGACUGUGGUGCCAUCAAAAUGACAUUCAUGUGUUUGGCACACAAAGGAAAAAGAAAUUGCCUUGAGCAUUCAGCAGCUAACUGAUCUUGGAGUCCAAAGCUUUGGCGAUCCUUUGGAACACUCUUUUAUUAUAGAUGUAUGUAUACAGGAUUGUGGUUUGUGUAUCUUUGCCAAUAGUUUUUAAAAAAUCCAGCAUUGUAUUAGUGGACUUCUACUGGUACAAUGUAAUUCUUCUGUCUUCUCUUCCCCUCUGCAGCUCUUCCAGAUCUGUUUUGCAGGGUCUCCCAGCCAUCUGGAGGAGAUUUUCAGGAGAUGAGGAGGCUGAGAGGGGGAAAGCAACUUGUUGCUUUCUUGGAUGGCAAUUCCAUUGUCAAGCAAACACAGCAGUGCCCCCAAACUGAAAAAAACAAACAAGCAAACACAAUCCCACUAAUGGAAUAAAAGGGAUUAUAUGAAUUGGACAAAGAACAUACUACUUUUGGACAUGCAGAGGGUUUUUUUUUUAAAAAAAAUAUCCCUUCUCCAUGCUGAGUGUCUCAGUUGUAACUUUUUUAUUUCUUUGUUUUCAGAGAGAAAUUGAGUACCCCAUGCAAUUUCCUAUUCAUCAUUAUAGAUCAGUGAUUCCCAACCUGGGACAUGUGUACCUGCAGGGGCAUGAACCAGUACGUUUAGGGUUAUAUGAAAAAUACUGAAUAAUGGCAGGAAAACGCUCAUAUGUCAACAGAGUAUGACAAGAUACAAGUCAAAAGUUGUGAAAUUAGUUUAACGUUAUGAUGAGUGGCGGAGCAGAUUUUCUUCAUUACUGAACCUCAAGAAAGUUCCCUCACUUUGUUAUUUUGGUGAAUGGUGUGGAGUCCCUCCUAAAGAAUGUGUUUGGUUACAGUUGGAACAUAUAGAUUUGAAAUAACAGCAAUGGUAUUACUUACAAACGUGCUAAUAUGAAGGGUACAAUUUAUUGAAAUGGGCUGCCAAGGGGUACAACAAAGGAAAAAAGGUUUGGAACCACUGUUAUAGAUAACAAAACUGAGACUAAACUUGUGGCGUCUGAUAUAAGCAUAGACACCGAAAUAUACAUAGGAAGAACAUUAAAAUUACUGGUAAGAGAAGAACAUUCUGAAUAUUCUUUAAAUGUAAACUGUUAUGUUUGUGUUAUGAAAUGAGUGUUAUACUUUUGAUGUGUCUGUGCAUAAGAAUGUGUGUACAGUAUAUACAUAUUUAUUAUUCACAAAGUUCUGAAGAAUCAGUGUUUCAUCCUUCAGCAUUUGUGUAUGUGUGU